CUUUUCUCUCGUCCGAUGCACCACGCGAUUUGAAUGGUUCGACGUAUGCGGCUAUAACGCAUUCGAGCAACGACUUGGCAGCCCUAUUCUGAUCCCCCGCAUCGACCGAAUCACUGCUCAUACUCACCCAUCCACCGCCUACCUGGUCCAGCAUGCAAGCAGGGGCAUGAUAGACCUCCCGAACUAUUCAACAACCCUUUUCAAACAUACAACGUUGACAUCUGCCGCCGGACAUGAACCCUCGGGGCCUGCUGGCCGUCCUCACCUGCGCGAUCUGGUCAGCGGUGGCCACAGCACGCCCCAGCCCCGCAGAGCAGAGCAAUCACGGCAGUUUUGUAAACCGCAAUGACCCCGACCCGCUGUGGCAGAAGUACGGGCUGAACAAGUCAGACGAGUUCAAAUAUUUCCAUGAGCCAGGUCGUGACGAUACCCUGGGUCACUAUGACUCGCGGUUUUUCCAGGGGGAGCCGGUUCCGGACGCGGAGCGAUCUAUCACAUUGACACAUAUGAUCCGAGCAUAUCUGAACUUCUUCGAGGAUAAUGGACUGGAAACAUGGAUUGCGCAUGGAACAUUGCUGGGAUGGUGGUGGAAUGGCAAGAUCAUGCCCUGGGACUGGGACAUCGACACUCAAGUCAUGGAUACCACAUUAGUCCAUCUCGCCGACCACUUCAACCAGACUAUUGUACAGUAUACCACUACCGACCCCGACGUCGAGCGCCGGUACCUCCUGGAUAUAAACCCGUGGGCGCGUCAACGUGAUCGCGGCAUGGGGCUGAAUAUAAUCGAUGCGCGCUGGAUCGACAUCACCACGGGGCUAUACAUCGAUAUCACAGGGCUGAGUCGACUGACGGCCGAGAAGCCCACAGAAUGGGAGUGCAAAAAUGGGCACAAAUAUCAGACCCACGAUAUAUACCCACUGCGGAGAUCGACGUUUGAGGGCGUGCCAGCCAAGGUGCCCUUCAGGUACGAUGGGGUGCUAACAGAGGAGUAUACAAAGAAAGCGUUGACUCAAACGCAAUUUCAUAAUCAUACGUGGGACCCGGAACUCGAAGAGUGGGUGCUGGAUGUGCCAGCCGCAAUGGACGACCGGCAGUAUGAGUGAG